GAAAGGGCGCGCGGCGGGUCACGUGGUACCAAAAAUGGCGGCUCCGGGCGAGCGAGAAGCGGAGGGCUCGGCUGAGGAGGCUUUUCUCACCUUCUACACGGAGGUAAAGCAAAUUGAAAGGCGAGAUUCUGUUUUAACUUCAAAAAACCAGAUUGAAAGGCUCACUAGGCCUGGAGCCUCCUAUUUUAAUCUGAAUCCCUUUGAGGUACUGCAAUUGGAUCCUGAAAUCACUGAUGAAGAAAUAAAGAAAAGAUUCCGUCAGUUAUCCAUCUUGGUCCAUCCUGACAAAAAUCAAGAUGAUCCUGAAAGAGCGCAAAAGGCCUUUGAAGCUGUUGACAAAGCAUACAAGCUGUUGCUGGACCAGGAACAAAAGAAGAGAGCCUUGGACGUGAUACAGGCUGGAAAGGAAUAUGUGGAACACAUUGUAAAAGAGAAAAAGAAACAGUUAAAGAAAGAUGGACUUGUGAUCUCUUCUGCUCUGUCUAGCAAACAUAAUGCUAACUUUUCCUCUCUGGGUUUUUGUUCUAGAAAAAGACAGAGAGAAGAGGAAAUAGAGGCCCAGGAGAAAGCCAAGCGUGAGCGAGAGUGGCAGAAAAACUUUGAGGAGAGUCGGGAUGGACGUGUGGACAGCUGGAGGAACUUUCAAGCAAAUACAAAAGGGAAGAAAGAGAAGAAAAAUAGAACCUUUUUGAGACCACCCAAAGUGAAGAUGGAGCAGCGUGAAUAAGCUGGCUAUUCUAGGCUCCUGUGGACACUUGUGUAUUACCAUGUUUAAGUCUCUCCUUGCUUUUCCAGUAGAAUCUUUGUUUUCAGUAUGAUUGGUUGAAGAUCAGAAUAUUCUAACCUCUGCUUGAUUCCCUGAGGUUCGUGGUUGAAUUUCCAGGCCAAACCUUCUGCUGCUUUUAGAAUCCUUGGCUAACUUAGAAAGGCGCCACCAUCACAUGUACUUGUAAUCCCCGUAAUUUAAUGUUCUGUAUUUCAAGGGUAUUGCUGUUCAAAUUUGCCACCAAGCCUGUAGCUUGUGGAAGCAUUCAUUCAGUAUCUCCAUAAGGCAGAUCCUGAAACUGGGCCUGGUGUCUCUUCCUGCUCACCUCAUCCAGCCGACCAUUUUUCAUCUCUUUCCACUUGCUAGUGGUGAAGUCUGGAACCUAGAACUGAGUUGCCUAGUUAAGCUUCACAAGAGGUUCUCAAGUGAGCUGCAUGGAGCUGAUGUUUCCCCCCCCCCCUAAUUUCCAACUGUGAUCCACGAUUGCAGCUUGGUGAACAAAUAGCCUGAUUACUAGAACCACCCCCGCCCUCUGUAAAUAAAAUAAUAUCUUGCAUUGUAUAUGCAGUUAGUGGCAAUGUUCUCUAUGUAAAAUAAAUUUUUACCCAAAAA